AUGACCCAAGAAGAGCAAGCGGCGCCGGCGUACCGAUCCCGGCGCGUGCUUCUACCAGCGAUCGCAUUUGUCGUCGGCGCCAUCGCGACGAUUGUCGUCGUCGCGACAACCACCGGCGUCUUUGACUCCGCCGCGUCGUCGUCUGCGCAGGAUACGUCGAGUGGGACGGAAGCCCCGUCGUCGUUCACAGCCAUCGGGGACAAUACGACCGCGCUUGACGUUACGACGACGGCGCCCAAUGCGACACCAAGUGGUACUGGGGGCGCAUCCCACCUCGGUGCAACGUCGACGCCGGUCGAUCCGACGGCACCGGGCGAAACCAUGAGCCACAACACGGAAUCCAGCACUACGACGAGCGAGCUUGCAAGUGGCAGCGACUCGACGUGGGCGAGUGCUUCGUCGUCGGCGGCAGGCAGCGAAACCUGGGAUAGUAGCGCGUCGGCGGCAGGUAGCGAAAGCUGGGACAACAGCUCGUCGUCGUCCUCGGGACCGUUUGACUGGGACGAAAUUGAGCCACCGGCAAGCGCAGGGUCUGGUAGCAACUCGACGAUGCCCGCGUCGGUUCACACGAACGACGGCAACGCGGCUGCGGUCCAGGCGAGAGCCAUCCAAGCCAAACUAUCCCAGCACUUGAACCGACUUCGCGCCCAGCAAAAGCAGCUUCAGCGCCAGAUCCAGCUUGCCCAGAGGGUUGGCCAGGGAUCGGUCAAGCCAACUCGAUUCCGGAGCACGAUGUCGGGUGGCGUCUCGGUCGGCCCCACGAAAAAGGAAAUUCCGACGUCGGUCUCAGGUCUCCACACAAGCAUUGCGAGCACGACCGCGUACAACCAGCAGCUCCAGGCGCAGUUGGCAGCACUCGCCGCCAGCCGUCAAAACCACAAGUGA